CGUGAUUCAUAUGUCUCAUCAGUGAGCUUUCUUCCGCAGUCACGGCAGCCCCGGUACCGUGUUUUUAAAUACCAAGCCUGACAUCCCUAUUCUGUCCUUGCAUGCUUCGUUAGCCCUAUCAAGCCUCCCAUAUAUACCAUACACACACACACACACACACACACACACACAACCAGAAGCAGCAAGCAUGUGGCCCGGGUACUCCAUCGACAACCUACCUGUUCAACCUCCCAGCGGACUUGACGACAUGGACAACGACCACUACGCAGACUCGGUGAGCUCUUCCUCGCCGUCGGACUCACCCGCCGCGAGCUCGCCGCUCACUAGUCCCGACUUGUCUGAGGAUGGCUUCGACAUUGAUCGUACCCCAUCACCACUUGGUGGUCGUGAACAAGAAGCUGGCAGCCCCAAGUUCACCCUCGUCAUCGGGGGUCUUGGGUAUAUCGGAUCACACACCGUGUUGGAGCUCCUAAGAGAGGGGCACAAUGUCAUCAUUGUCGACAACCUCAGCAACAGCUACCAGACCAUCCUGGACAGCAUCAAGACCUUGACGGCCAAGCACUGCAAGGCCAAUGGCAGGAGGAUGCCCUUGAUCCACUUCCACCGUCUUGACUAUCGCAGCCGAUCGAUGCGGUUCCUCAUCGAGAGCUACACGGACCUUGUCAUGUCGAUCGACGGCAGCGGCAGGCAGCGCAUGACGUACCAGUCCCGCAUCGAGGGGGUGAUCCACUUUGCGGCUUACAAGUCGGUCGAGGAGUCGAUACGGCGGCCGUUGCAGUACUACCAGAACAACGUCUGCGGGCUCGUAUCGCUGCUCCAGCAGCUCGACAAGUACAACAUCCACAACUUUAUCUUCAGCAGCUCGGCGACCGUGUAUGGGUCCAAGGCCAACACGGGCGAGCCGCUGCGGGAGUCGGACCUGAUCCACCACGCCGAGGAGCGGGUCGACGAGUCGACGGGCGAGCGCAUCGUGACGCAGCCGUCGGCGGUGGGCCUGUCGUGCCCCUACGCGCGGACAAAGUACUUCAGCGAAGCUAUUCUUGCAGAUGUGGCGGCCGCGAACCCGGCCUGGCGCAUCGUGGCACUGCGCUACUUCAACCCCGUUGGCUGCGACCCGUCGGGACUGCUGGGGGAGAACCCGCGGGGGGAGGCGACCAACCUGUACCCCGUGCUGACACAGGUGCUGACGGGGCAGAGGGAAAGGCUAAACGUAUUCGGCACAGAUUGGGCGACGCGGGACGGCACGGCGGUUCGAGACUACAUUCACGUCCUGGACGUGGCGCGGGGCCACAUCUCGGCGCUCGGGUGGAACGGCGAUCGGGGGGGGACAGGGUUCCGCGCCUUCAAUCUCGGGAGCGGCACGGGCACCACUGUGCUCGAAGCAGUCCGGAGCCUCGAGGCCGCAUCGAAAAGGACUGUCUCACUGGACUGGGCCGGACGAAGACCAGGAGACGUUGGCGUCUGCGUGGCGUCUACCGAGCGAGCCAGCAAGGAGCUGGGGUGGUCACCGCGGGAGAGCGUCGCCCAGUGCGCAUCAGAUCUGUGGAACUUUGUCGAGAGGACCUUGGGGCUGCAGCAGCAGCAGCAGCAGUCAGUCAAGGUGUGAUGUCCAUCCCGUCCUGUCAGGCCAAAGCAAGCCAAGCCAAAGCCAAGCCAAGCGACUGAUUCCCUUCGAGGAUGUGGUUUCGUUUCGGGGUCGGGUGGAUGUCGGUAUUUUUUUUUUCCUUUCUUCGAUGGGGUAAUAAUGCUAAUGGGUAAAAUUGGCGAUUGAUUGAUUGAUUGAUUGAUUUGAUUGAUCUGUUUGAUGGAGGGUCGGUCGCGGUGGUCGUUUGACGUUGCGGUGUUUUGGAGUCCCGGACAAGGGUCGACAGCUGAGUGAGUGGGACGCGGCACACACAUCUCUGCCCUCUGCCACCUGCCAGACCCAGGGCAACCUCAACUGACACACCUCACCUCACACACACCUGAAAAGGGCACAAACACACACACACACACACAUACACUGUUUCAUUUCAUUUUCUGUCUAAACGAGGAAAGGGAUUUGCAUUGGGAUUUCCUAGGUUUCCUAAAAAUGGCUGCGACUGUCUUUUGUUUUCUUUUGUCAUUUUUACAGUACAUUAGGCUACGGAAUAAGGAUACACAUUAUACCUACUUAGCAAAGCAAUAAAGGAAAAUGAAAUGCACAAUGCAAUUGUUCAACUCCCGUGCUCCCGUCCCAUGUCUUUUCUACACUUAUAUACGACACCUUGGCGUUGUCUUGGACUCUCUUGCGUGUGGAUCUCGCCCAGGGCUUGUCCCUUCUUGUCAUUUUCUUGUCAAGAGCUUGUAUUUUCUUCAAGAAAUGUGCCCGGUAGUGUUGGGGAAGCUUAUAUUGGACCUUCCUGGUUGCGCGUCCCCCAAGAAAUAGAGAUUAAUUGCUGUCAAUUGCUACAUGCGAACACGGCUGGCCUCGGCACAAACGGCACCGGGGAACACACUCUCCAACUUUUUUAACCAAUUACAUUUCUUCUGUUGAAAUAUUUUCCCCCUUCAACUUCUCUCCUCGACCCCUGCAGCCCUAGGCCGCUAGCUUCACAUGCCAAGCGAUCCUCCUGCAUUCAACACUUCUGUUCAAGGCCAUGAUCGUCAGCAACUGUUCGAUUUCUGCGCAGAAUACUUUGGAUAGAUUGAGCGAACGAGACCCUGACGGAGGCACGCGACCGGCCACGUCAACACAACAAAGAAAGAAAGAAAGAAAAAAAAUCUUACCUUAGCCGAGGGCUUUGGGCAUCCUCUCUGCGAUUUCAAGUAGCAUCCCUCGAGGUGGGCUGCCUUGCACUCGCACAGCUAUGGUAAUAUCAACAUCGAGAUAAGUCAGCAUGGAUACCAUACUACGACUCUGACGCUGCCGGCAGAACAGUGUAGAUGUAAGAGAGCAAACUCACGGACUUGCCCUGCAGAAACGUCGGACACCGGUCGGGCUCGCAAACACAAGCCAGACGAAAGUCAUGCUUGGGGUGUUCGUGCUUGUUGUGCUUGCCUUUGCCCUUGGCAGCUCGCAUCUCCAGCAUGUUCACGUCGGCCGGUGAGCUCGAGUGAGCCAGCACCGUCGACGAGAAGGCAGCAGCAACUGUAACAGCAACCAAUGAGAGCUUCAUGCUGGGCAAGCGAGCGAAUCAGGCCGAGGUAGCAGCAGCACUUGGGGCGAUGAGAUGAGAUGGUGGUGUGGUUUUGGACGCGCAAAUUCUGCUGCUCAAGAAAUCUUGGCUAUGAGGGUAUCAAUAUAUCCAAGCACAUCAGAGCACGACGCCAGGCACAAGGCACAGAAGACAUGUUCCCACUCUUCCGCUGCCGUGCUGCCCCUCCCAUUUCUACUGGACUGAGACCGAUUGACACAUCACUGACGAGAACUUUUGAGUGUUUAUGGCUGAGGUAAGACAAAGCUCAGCCUGGGAGCCCAAAGUUUCCGAGAAUCAACCCAUCACCUUGUGUAAUCGAACGUCGGGCGUAGUACAGCGGAACUCCGUUUUCGAUGGCACGUCAAAAUGGAAUCACGCCAACGUUUUCUUCUUGCGGCACAUCCCACCCCCCCCCUCCUCCUUCCUGGUGUAAGGUAGCCCACCGCAUCCACCCACCGACCCGAAUAUCCAACCCCCCCUGAAGCUCCCCCUGCCCCCUGUCCCCUGUCCCCUGUCCUGUCGCUUCCUCUCUCCCUGGUCCUCGGACCCUCCAACCACAGAAAGCAAAAUCGUGGAUGAACCGCGCGGCACCCCUCUCUUGCAAUUAAAGGGGUGUGAAUGAGCCAGGGGGUACAGAAGUGACCCGUCACAUUUCCCUUGCAUUUAUCCAGGAACAGAGUUGUGGAGAAAAAACAAUGAGGCGAACAUGGGGGGCGCAUUCGGCCGUGGGAACGGGAACUACGGCGAUCUGAUGGCCAUCCAACCUCACCACCUCACCUCCACUCGCCGGCCUCCACCUCCGCACACCUUACCCCAAAAUAAACCUCAUGAUCGACAUGUCUCCAAAUUCACCAACACACAUGGCGCUAUUGAAGCUCCAGCACUUCAGCCUUCCAGGUUUAAAGCAGGUUUACCCCCAGCUCAUGCAUUGCACCUCGUAAACCAAAAAGCCACUCGAAUGCUUGUUCGCCCAUCAUAAUCACCACCUCACCGAGUUUCCCGAAACCACCUCAUGGGAACCUCGGCAUCUCGACAGCCGGGCAGGCCAGGACCCGAUGCCAAUCGGUGGUGGUGACGUCUGCCCUAUGGAGCAACUGUUGACCACGUCAACAAAAAAUUGGUCAUCACACAAAGAUCUUUCCACUUGUAGCAAAAUCCUUCGGGGAGAGUUCCCCACCUCUCACAUCUCACUUUUUGUUUUCUUCAGUUGUCGUGAUUCACGGAAACAGUUUUUUCUCGCUCUCAGGUCAGACCAUUCACCUCGUCCAGUCAUCAUCAACGUCGAAAAGGGGCCCGUGAUUACACAACCUUGAGGCCGGUAACAACAGCGUAACAGCAGGAUUGGCUGAAAAAGGGCCGGUAACGAACAACGCAUACACACACACACACACACAGCAGAUGUGAAAUACGAAGAGUAGAUUGCAUCCCACACCCCAGUCAGCCCUCUUGCAGAAUGCAUGCAUACUUUAUUGUACAGACCUCAGAGCUACA